AUGCCGUGCGAGCAGGACCACGCUACUCAGGCGCAGGGUGUGGCGGACCGCUGCCCGGCGGGACUGGCCCGGGCGACCGAGCCAGCCCCGUCGGCGGCCCCGUCCGGCCCCCCACGUACGACGACGCAGCUACCGACGAUGGACUACGCAACGGCACAACCAAGGGGCAUUAGCCCGCUCACGCCAGAGCAGGUGUACCUCGUUGUACACCGUUUAUCACGGGGCAAUGUUUACCCUGAAUACGCUGCUGACGAACGAGCACUCCGCUUGUUCCAACAGCACCUGAGGUCACUCGGUUGCGUGGUAUACGAAGAGGCGAGAGUACCGUCGGGAGCCCUGCCAGGCGUGCCGAAUGAAGACGGCAUUGUUCUGCCAGUGGCGGCCCCGAUGAGUGUUGCACCACCAGGCCCAGUUACAGAAGAAACUGGAGCCCUGCUGACUGCCACUCCGGUCUCUUCCAGUGAAGAGACCACAUAUACACCGAUUGCUGUACCGCCAGGCGUGACGACAGAAGACGUCACCGUCCUGCCACGUGACAGCAUGAUCCCAGAGGCUAACCUGGGCGACCUGAUCGAGGGGACAGACAUGGACACAUCGCAGCCCUCUAGAAAGAGGCCUGCAGCGUCGGAGGAGGACGAGUCCUCCGCAAUCUCUGAUUCUGAUUUCAGGCGGAGUCAGAGGAAGAAGAUGCCGGAGGCUCCUGCCCCCUCCGAGGCAGAAAAGGGGACUGACGACGGCUUCGUUGUCCCGAAGCGGCGGCACACUGCUCGGGCCAAGCGGCUCGAGACUGUGCAGCCGCUGCCGACGGCGAACGCAUUCGUCGACGUACCCGACGAACAGGAGGCCAUGGAUGCUGCUGAGGCACCCAAGAGGCGGGCACCCGCUCCGCCACCGAUAACUGUAUCGUGGACGGACACGUACCAGUCCUUCCUCGAGAAGUUCCAGGCGGUGACGUCCUCCGCCAAGAUCAAAUGUGCUGGUCGGGACUUAUACAGAGUCUGGCCGGCAGCUGGCCCGUCUGCAGGACAAAGCGCCGUUGCCCCGCCCACAGCGCUGCCGCGCAGGCAGGUAGUCCCGGCCGCUGCACCCCUGCAGCGCCAGGCUCCCCUCCCUGCAGCGACCCAGCGCGCCGCGGGCCAAUCAGCGCGAGCCUUCCCGGCCCCGCCGGCACGCGCAGCGGACCAACCACCGGCAGCCGCGCCUGACCUUGCGAGCCCGAAGGACUUCCCGGAGCCAAGAUGGCGGCGUCCCACGGCGCCCCGCCAUACUGUCGGCGCCCGACAAGAUGGCGGACAAAUGGAGACCAACGCGCGCCAUGUUGUCGGCGGCAACGCUGCCAAUGAAGCCCGCGUGGAACGGAUGCUCAGCUGCAUGGAAACAAUGAUGCAGCAGAUGACUGAGCUCCUGGCCGUGGUGCAGAAAGUUGCAUCCGCCAUCCAUCCAUGCAGCCAUCAUGCCUGA